GACAGAGGGAAGAUCUGGAAUGUGUCUGAGAGCUGCUCUGUGACGGACACCAGGAGGAGGAGGAGGAGGAGUGGCUGCUGUCAAGGAAAAUUACCUGGAAAAUUCCUCCCAUUUUUCUCCUACAACAAAAAGAAAGAAAGAAAAGCUGCUGCAGAGAGAUUUCAGCGCUAAGAGGAAGGUUUCCUGCAGUAAAGCGCGGCUAAACAUGACAUCCCUCAUCCGUCAAUGUCUGCAGCUUAAAAACUGAAUAUUCAUCACUUUUAUUAAGCUUUCCUGGACUAAAUAUGGUAAACUGUGGCAGCGUUGCUCUUUCAAAAUAUGACAUCCUGCCAAGGAACCCCGACCACGUGAUCAAUGGAGUGUUGGCACGAGGCACUGCAUCUACAAAUUAGCUAGAGGAGCCGUACAUGCAGCAGGAGAAGCUUUUGUCCUCUGCACUGGGAGGAGCAGAACAAGGCAGAAGGUGGACGCUAAUUGAGGAACAGAUGUGGCGUCAGUCUGUGAGACACUUGACAGCUUAAUGCGCCCAACAGACUACAAUGGUUCCAGUCAAGAACGUGAGUGGCUUCUCUGCAGAUGACCGAUGCCCCAACUGCAGCUCUGCCGUCUACCCCGAGGUGGACGUAGCCAAAGCGGUGGUUCUGGGGGUCGUGCUGCUGGUGUUUGUGGUGUUCGGGGUCCUCGGCAACAUCCUGGUCAUCCUGUCAGUGUUGUUCCACCACCAGUGGCGCUCGGUGACGCACUACUUCAUCGCCAACCUGGCGGCCGCCGACCUGCUACUCAGCUCCGCCGUCCUGCCCUUCUCUGUUGCCUCCGAGGCUCUGGGCAGGUGGGUCUUUGGCCGGUUCUUCUGCAGCGUCUGGGCCGCCCUGGAUGUCCUCUGCUGCACCGCCUCCAUCCUCAGCCUCUGUGUGAUCUCCAUCGACCGCUACCUGGCCGUUAGUUACCCCCUACACUACCCGGCCAUUGCUACCGGCCGGCGAGGCCUGACGGCAGUGGCGGUUCUCUGGGGGGUCUCGGCGGCGAUAUCGGUCGGGCCUCUGUUUGGCUGGAGGGAACCCGACCCAGAGGACGAGACGGUGUGUAGAAUCACAGAAGAACCCGGAUACGCCUUGUUCUCAGCUUUAGGGUCUUUUUAUAUACCGCUGGCCAUCAUCCUGGCCAUGUACUGCCGCGUUUACACGGUGGCCAAAAGAGAAACCAAAACCCUGAGAGAGGGAAGAAAUGGAGACAGAGUGGAGGUGGAGGGCGUGAUGCUGAGGAUCCACAGAGGAAAUUCAGCUCAGACGAGGAAACCAGAAGAAGACGAAGGAACGUCAGAGCGAAAACGUUCCUCCUUCAUCCCACCGAGGCUGCUGAAGUUCUCCAGAGAAGAGAAGGCAGCCAAAACUCUGGGCAUCGUUGUGGGGUGUUUCAUUCUUUGCUGGCUGCCGUUUUUUGUGGUUUUACCCAUCGGAUCCAUCUUCCCAUCCUGUAAGCCCUCUGAGACCAUCUUUAAGAUCACCUUCUGGCUGGGUUACCUCAACAGCUGCAUCAACCCCAUCAUCUACCCGUGCUUCAGCCAGGAAUUCAAGAAAGCCUUCCACAACGUUCUGCGCAGUCGCUGCCUCAGGACUGGGGUGCCAAACGCCAAACCACCAGGGAACAUCAGCGCUCAUUCGUCCAGUCCAGGACGGACAUCCGAGACAUCCGUCCAAAACUGUGUCAGUGUUUCCUCGUGGUCUUGCUGCAGGGUUUUGUCAACGUCCUCGUCAUCCGUUGACGGUCCAGAUCAGGUUCAGAGUCCCCAAGUGCAAAGUAAGAGUCUGCUGAAGUCAUGGUGUUUCUCAGCGAGUCGACCUCCAGAAACACAGAACACCAACGCUCCCGGAUCGGCUAAAGUUUUGCAUCUUUCUCUUGGAAUUACUGGCGAGGCUGUUUGACUGGUGUGUUGAGGAAACUCUGUGCAUCUAAUCUUCAGUUUCCUAAGGACAACAUUUAUACAUGUUUCUCCAAGGCAUCAGGUCUGCCUGAUAAUGUAUUAAAGCCAGAGCAGGGGGAAGAUAAUUCUAUCGCCUUAGAGCUUAACAAAUGCCUGAAGUGUCAGAUGAAAUAUUAUUUGGAACAUGAAUAAAUAAUACUCAUCUGAGCAGCUCUUGAACAAGACGCUAAAUGUCAAAACGUUCAAGUGGAGCUGCUUAGUACCCAACAAGCAGAACACUGUGAUGUUCGAUUGCACAGCAAGAGACUUCUGGGAAAAAAACAAAACCUCUUUGGCCAAAACAUUAAAGUCAAAAGCUCGUUUGUCUCCAGUAUGGACACAAGGAUAGAAAGCGUAAUCAUCCGAGCUUGCCAAGGAAUUAAAGAGAUAAUAGCAAUCUUGAGGAAAUGACAUUGUAAAAGAACUCCGGAGACGUGAUUUCUUUUAACAUUAGUGGUAUUUCUGCAGAUUGCACGCAAGCCCUUCAGGGUAAAAACACUCAGAAGUCCUCGAAAUAAUUAUCAUUCACCGGCAGCUCUUAGAAUGUGGAAGCUGCUGUAGGAGUUGUUUUUUUUUUUUUUUUUUUUUACAAGUGUGACCUCUGUUUUAAAGGGAACUAAACACUUGCGAACAUCUGUCACAGAGAGGAAAAAGUUAGAAAUUAAAUAUAUGAGCUUAUAUUUGGGUUUACGGUGAAUAACGGUACAGUUAAAUCGAACAGAGAAGUCCUCCAUUUAACCAUUCUGAAGCUUACAAAGUUUGUUUUUUUUGUUCAGGCUCUAUGGAAGAUGUGUUGAAUAGACUUCAAGCGUUUUACACCAUAGCUUGUGGUGUUCAACGAACAAAUGAAAAUGUGUCAGAUGUUUGUUUUUUUUCCCUCUCUCAGUCCCGAUGAAGGACUGUUCGUGAAUACUGGUUUCCUGCCAAUGUGAUGCUUCAGAGCUGUUCUUUUUUCCUCACAUGCCAGCACUCAAAAAUGUUCUGGUUAUUUAAAACUGAUGCAUGAGCAAUUGUCUGAUGUGUUUAUUCAUCUGUAAGCUGCAUUUGCUGAUUUUUUUGACCACCACAGGGGCAGAAACAAAACUCUCUAAAGCUGAUAUGCACUCAGCCCUGGCAUAUUAUCUCCUUGUGAUGUUGUUGUGGCUAAUGUAAGCAAACACUUGUCUGAUGCCACAUCCAGCAGAUACAGAAGAGCAUUAGCAUCCAUUUAGAGUCAGAUUAUUGUCCAUCCAAGGAAUCAAAGACAAACAUUAAAUGCCUACUAAAUGUCUUCAUAGCUUUAUUUUGGUCUUGAGAAAAAUAUCUGACCCUAAAACCAAAACAAAGAUCUGUUUGGGAGUCAGUUCAUGUUCUUGGUUCCUCAAUUGAACAAAUUACAAAAAGGGCACUAUUUUCAGACUCUGAAGUAAGGCAGUUUGCGACACAAGUGGCAUUUAAACCAACCAGUGCUGAUUAAGCUGCCUGUCUGACAAACAAAGAACAUACAAAGACAAAUGUGUCUGCAGUCGUAAAUUAGAUAUCAAAGGUUACCAGCAUUAAUUUUAAGGCAUUCUAAAGUUUUUUGAGACGUGGGUUGACAUAACGUGUCAACUUGACCGGUCAAAAUGUUCAUAUCAUGAUGCCAACAAUGUUUGCACAAAUGUAAGCCACUGUUAGAAAGCAAAGUUUGUGACUAAAUGUGGGAUAUGCGAUCCCAAAUCAGUAAAUAUCUUCACAUGGUUGACUAACUGUCUGCUCUGUGUGUGCUAACAAAAAAAAAGAAGAUGUUUCCACACAGCCUUUGCUUUCUGAAUGGAAAAUACAAUGGGUUCUACCAAUCAUACAACACUAUUCUAGGUAAACCUCAUAACUAGCUAAAUAUCAACAAUCUUUCUCCAUCGCUGAUUCCAGCUUUAAAUUAUUGAAUUAAAAAUAAUCCCAAAUACAGCCUCUUAUUUUCAAUGUUUCCACAAUGGAUUUCUACCGACAAGUACUGAAGUACUGCAUUAGCAGCCUGUCCUCAAACAAAAAACGACCACAUAGGUCAUCUGUACACGCCCGUAUUACGACCCAGUGUUACGUUUUGACGUAUGCAACCUCUAGCGGUUGAGUAAAUAUCGACACUCUGGAGUCGCAGGUGAAACGUCACCAUGAACAAACUUUUAUCUAACACUAUCCCUGUCCCUAUCCCUAACCCUAACCAUAACCAUAACCAUAAACCCGUGUUGGGAAAGUGAGGAAAAAGCCGUUUUUCGACGGAAAAGCCAUUUCGUGAAUUAAAUCCCGUAAUGUGUUCCUUUUCCCCGUAGGGGCGCUAACGUAAAUACGCUCUCACAGGUCAUAUUCCAGUGCACGUUACAUACGACCGAUGUGGUCGUAUGGAUUUGAGGACUUGUUGGCAUUAGAAAAAGUUACUGGAGUUGGUCAAAUUUGAGUUCUGUACUAAAGGCAGGAAGCUUUUUUGUUUACGCUAUGAAACAUGACCAAUACCAGCUGAUGUUAAAAAAUAAUGAUAACUUUCUUGAAAAACUAUUUCUGAAAAUGAUCUGUCUCCGCUUUUUUUUCCUCAUAGAUGUACAAAAUUUUUCUCAUUUUCUUCUUAUUUAUUUGCUUCUUUUCUUCACAUUUAAGCAGUUGGCCGACACCUGUUUUUUUUUCUGGCUUCUUCUGUUACAGUUGUGUGCAACGUCACCUUGAUCUCCACCUACUGACCAGACUAUGCAGCCUAGUUUAUUCAUUCCAAGCAGUUAACAGUUGGAAACAAACCUAAUUCAUGUUUUUCUUUCUCGAAUCUAUGUAACAUUUCAAAACUUUACAUUAAAUUCACUUGACAAGUACAUGCAAACAUAGGUAUGUAGUAAAUAUAUGGCAUCUCUUGUGCCUGCUGUGCUGCUUUUGUGGUCGAAUUUUUACUGACUUUUACAAUCUGACUUUUGGCAUUUGUGAAUGCCGACUUUUGGCAUUUGUGAAUCCCAAUUUGUAUCUCAGUCAACCCUUAAAAAUCAACCUCUCAACAACAAGCAACAAUAUACAUUCUCAUUGGAAUUACUUUUUUUCUUAAAUUCUCAUUAAUUGGUUGAAGGUUUGUCUGUAGUUGUUGAUUAAACUAAUAAAACUCGUCCUCUGUGUAUAAAAAUUGCAUAUUUGGAGACAUUUCAAUGAAUAUAAAAUUAACCCUUCUUGCCUUAAAAUGACAAUAAAAACUGUAUGCUACUCAAUGGAAAGUGUUUUAGCCAUACAUGAACUGGAAACUGAUUCUGAAGAUGAAUAAUGUUUCCCAAAGCUCCACCCUGCAAGUUGAAAAGAUUGCUGUAUUAGGUUUGGUACAUACAAAGUCCAGAAAGUCUGAAUCCAUGUUUUUGAGACUGUCAUCAGUACAUUGGAUUUUGACAAUAACUGCUUAUUUUAGUCAUGAUGUGUCUUCUAAUAUAGAAAAACCACCAUAUGGACAUGGUCAAACAGCAAAAACGGACUUUAAAUCUUCCAAAUCGGAGGUUGGAAAAUUAAUUUCUAUUUGUUGACUCCUAACUGAACUGUGGGUUUUUGGUAUUCAGCUCACUGAAGUCCAGUAGGACCACCUUUGUCAUGCAUAGGAGGUGGACAAACUAUGAAAGGUGUCACCAUGAAAAGAAUAUUCGCUUUGAUCACAGCUGCAAUUAAAGCUACAAAACAGAUUAUAAUUUUAUAAAGGUUGCAAAAUUAUCAUGACAUGUGCCAACACUGUCCUCUCAUCAAUGCUGGCAACGCUUUAAUGAAUAAGCAUCUCUCCAGCCGGCCAAAACAAUAACUGAAAGCUUUUCAAAGGGGAGAUUUCACUGCAGGCUGAUUGUACUGGCUUGCAUUAUGCUCUCUGGCAUGCCAACACCAGUCUGUGUCUUCACUGAGGUGACACUUCAUUUUGCUAAUUAGCAAAACAAAUCCCCACCACAUCACACAAAUUCACCAACAAACAUUACGCAGUCCAGCAUCGAGAUAAUGUGUUUGUGUCAUUAAAAACAACACGUUUCAGGUGUCUUAUCUUUUCUUUAAAAAAGUUGUCACAGGGUUCUCUUUAGCUAUUAAUCCUUGGCUUCCUCCUGUUACGAAUUGUUUUUCUUCACUGUGGCUGGAUUAAAGGCAUUUUCGUACCCUGCAGACAUCAUAGUGGCGAUGAUGAAUACCUGAGAAGGCUUAUCUGCAAAACGCAGGACGCAAAGAGACAACAAAUGAUUUGUCGUUUUUACAGUCACCGAAGGUCAGGAGGUAAUACAAUGAGGGUUUCUUCAUGCUACUUUGCUUUUAGCAGGAUUUAUACUUUAAUGUCUGUGUUUAAGCUCUGUAAACUCCCACAUUUGACAUGACUGUGGCCACUAAACUAUUGCGGAUAACUAAUAAACAUGCAAAUUUUUGAGAAUCAA